AAACUUAAGAAUUAGUUUUUAUGGUUUUUAGUUAUAUAUGGUUUAGUGUGCAGCAAGCAGUAUGAAACAAAAAGCCGCAUUAAUUUUGGCGCUUUUAUUUGUAUUCUGGACUCCUGCAGCCGAAGCACAGUUAUAUGUAUUUGUAGGAAAAUUAAUUGACUUCCUUUUGGAUGCAUCAAGUAUACAAACAGUUUUAUUUCCCUUCUACCCCGAUCGACAAUUGUCAAUUACAUUCCAAAAUACAUUUGACUUCAUCAUAGUUGGAUCUGGUCCAUCUGGCUCAGCAUUAGCCAGUAGACUGACGGAAAAUCCAAAUGUUAACGUUCUUCUGUUGGAAAAUGGAGAACAAGCCAGUAUAUUAACUGAAAUACCAAUUAUAGCAGGUGCCUUCGGAAGUACUAUAUACCAAUGGGGGUAUACAACGGAGCCCCAGCCUGGAUUUUGUAGAGGUUGCACUAACCAUCAAAUUAAAUGGGAGCAUGGGAAUGCCGUGGGAGGAAGUACCAUAAUAAAUUAUAUGAUUUAUGUAAGAGGAAAUCGUAGAGAUUACGACAUAUGGGCUGAUCUAGGAAAUCCUGGAUGGGGAUAUGACGACCUUUUGCCAUUGUUCAAGAAAAUUGAAGAUGUUCAUGUUGCCAUUAAGGAUGCAGAUUAUAGAGGCACUGGAGGACCUGUCACUGUGACUGAUGUUGCAUGGCGGACAAAAGUUUCCGGGCACUAUGUUGAAGCAGCACAACAGGCUGGGUACAGCUAUGUAGAUUAUAAUGGAAAGGAACAAUUGGGGGUAUCUUAUGUACAAGCAACAACUAGAGAUGGUAGACGAGAUAGCGCUGAAAGAGCCUAUCUGAGACCAAUACGCAACAGAAAAAACCUUAAAAUACAGAUAAAGUCCAAAGUAACCAAAGUUCUCAUUAAAGAUAACGCUGCUUAUGGCGUUGAAUAUUCCCAUAAUGGCAUUAAACACACGGUUUAUGCAUCAAAAGAAGUUAUUCUGUCUGCUGGAGCUUUAAAUUCGCCUCAGUUACUUAUGUUGUCUGGAAUAGGACCCAGAGAAGAUCUAGAAGCUUUAGGUAUCGAAGUAAUUAAAGACCUACCAGUAGGAAAGAAAAUGUACGAUCAUGCAACUUUCCCGGGUUUAGUUUACACAUUAAAUACAAGUGUUUCAAUAAAUACUAUCGGUGAAAUCUUGAAUCUGGCCAAUUAUCCAGGUUUUCUUUUAGGAAGAGGAUUUUUCACUUCUAUAGGUGGAGUAGAAGCUAUAAAUUACGUCCAUACAAACGUAACAGCCGGCUCAGACCCAUUAUAUCCAGACAUAGAAUUACUUAUUAUUGGAGGAUCUCUGGCAAAUGACUAUGGAGUUGUUUUUAGAAAUAUGUUUAAUAUACCACCUAAGAUUUACGAUGCAGUAUUUAAACCUUUGGAGAACAAGUAUACAUACCAGUGUACUCCAGUAUUGCUUCAUCCAAAAUCAUAUGGUUCAAUAAAACUACGGUCGAACAAUCCAUUUGAUGCUCCGAAAUUUUAUGCUAACUAUUUUUCAGAUCCAGAAAAUGAGGAUAUUCGACGUUUUAUUGUAGGUAUACGGGAGUUCCAAAGAAUUAACUCAUACCCGGCUUUACAAAAAGUUGGUGCUAAAUUGGUGGAGACUCCAGUACCAGGUUGUGAAAAAGAGACAUUUAAUACGGACAAAUAUUGGGAAUGUGCACUAAGAACAGUAAUAGCCAGUUAUUACCAUAUGGUAGCAACAUGCAAAAUGGGUCCUGAAACAGACAGGGAAGCAGUAGUAGAUAGUCAACUCAGGGUUUAUGGAGUAAAAAAAUUAAGAGUAGUUGAUACCAGUGUGAUACCUAUACCACCGUCGACUCAUAACAUGGCACCAGGUUAUGUCAUCGGAGAAAAAGGAGCUGUAAUACUUAAAAAUUUUUAUAACAUCUAGGAUUCCAUAGUUUAAGACAUUAUUGUCAUUGCUCUCUUAUAUAAAAG